AUGUACUUCGUAUAUCGCUUAGAUGCUUAUAUACUAUUAACGGGAGGUGAACUCAGUGACGAUGUGAUCGAUGCAUUUGUUAUUCGGCUUUGUAACAAGAUUGAAACAACUAAUAGUUAUGAUCGAAAGAUACAUGUCACAAGACCUUGGCUUGCACAAGCAUUUCUAGAAGGAAAUCUUGAAAUGGUGGCAAAACGAAUGAAGGAAAAUGUUUCUCAGCAGAAGUUCUUGGAGUGUGAAAGAAUUCUGAUCCCGAUUGUCAGCUCCGGACAUUGGCACCUGGUAGAGUUAGUGAGAGAGGAGAAAAAAUUCUAUCACUACUCCUCAAUCAACUCCCCCAUUUAUACCUUUCAUUGA